AUGGCUGCCAACAACAUGGUCAAUCCCGCCGUGGACCCCAACAUUGAGGACGAGCUCUUCGCGAAGGAGGUGGCCGAGGUCAAGAAGUGGUGGAGCGAGCCAAGAUGGCGGUACACCAAGCGCCCUUUUACCGCUGAGCAGAUCGUCAACAAGAGAGGCAACCUCAAGAUCGAGUAUGCCAGCAAUGCCCAGGCCAAGAAGCUGUGGAAGAUUCUUGAGGGGCGGUUCCAGAACAAGGAUGCCAGUUACACAUACGGCUGCUUGGAGCCAACAAUGGUGACCCAAAUGGCCAAGUACCUCGACACAGUCUAUGUUUCCGGCUGGCAAUCAUCAUCAACGGCCUCUGCCUCUGACGAGCCCGGCCCGGAUCUUGCUGAUUACCCUUAUACUACCGUCCCCAACAAGGUCGGCCAUCUCUUCAUGGCCCAGCUUUUCCACGACCGCAAGCAGCGUCAGGAGCGUCUCUCCGUUCCCAAGGCGCAGCGCGCCAAGCUCGCCAACAUCGACUACCUCCGUCCCAUCAUCGCCGAUGCCGAUACCGGUCACGGUGGUCUUACCGCCGUCAUGAAGCUCACCAAGCUCUUCAUUGAGAAGGGUGCUGCCGGUAUUCACAUCGAGGAUCAGGCCCCUGGCACCAAGAAGUGCGGCCACAUGGCCGGCAAGGUUCUCGUCCCCAUCUCCGAGCACAUCAACCGUCUGAUUGCCAUCCGUGCCCAGGCCGACAUCAUGGGCUCUGACCUCCUGGCCAUUGCCCGUACUGAUGCCGAGGCUGCCACCCUCAUCACCACCACCAUCGAUCCCCGCGACCACGCCUUCAUCCUCGGCACCAACAACGCCGACCUCCCCGACCUCAACGAGCUCAUGAUUGCUGGUGAGAAGGCCGGCAAGAACGGCGCCGAGCUCCAGGCCAUCGAGGACCAGUGGCUCGCCAAGGCCAACCUCAAGCGCUUCGACGACCACGUCGUGGACGCCAUCCUCUCCUCCAACCUCCCCAACCAGAAGGCCCUCGCCCAAAAGUACCGCGACAGCGUCAACGGCAAGCAGCUCUCCAACAAGGAGGCCCGCGCCGUCGCCCGCGGCAUCCUCGGCAAGGACAUUUACUUCAACUGGGACGCCCCCCGCACCCGCGAGGGCUACUACCGUCUCGAGGGCGGCUGCGACUGCUCCAUCAACCGCGCCAUCGCCUACGCCCCUUACUGCGACGCCAUCUGGAUGGAGUCCAAGCUCCCCGACUACAAGCAGGCCGAGGAGUUCGCCAAGGGCGUCCACGCCGUCUGGCCCGAGCAGAAGCUCGCCUACAACCUGUCUCCCUCUUUCAACUGGAAGACCGCCAUGCCCAGAGAGGAGCAGGAGACCUACAUCAGACGCCUGGCUGGCCUGGGUUACUGCUGGCAGUUCAUCACCCUCGCUGGUCUUCACACCACCGCCCUUAUCAGCGACAAGUUUGCCAGCGCGUACAGCAAGAUUGGCAUGAGGGCGUAUGGCGAGCUGGUGCAGGAGCCUGAGAUGGAGGGCGGUGUGGAUGUGGUCAAGCAUCAGAAGUGGUCGGGUGCCACGUACGUGGACGAGCUGCAGAAGAUGGUGACUGGUGGUAUUAGCAGUACGGCUGCUAUGGGUAAGGGUGUGACGGAGGAUCAGUUCCAUUAA